AUGGCGGCGCUGUAUACAAAGCACAGGAAGAGGGGCAGCUCCUUCGGCCUCUUCGUGGCGCUUCCGCCCAGCGCGCCGCUGCAGCCCGCGUGGCUGGUCGCGGGGAUGGCCGCGGGCCAGGCCGGCCCCGAGGAGCUCGAGGUCGAGUGCGCUGCCGGCGCCGCGGCCGAGCUGGGCGCGGGGGACCUCUCGCGGGUUUCCCGGCCGGCGGCCGCAGCAGGGGCGGUGAGCCAAGCGGGAGGGCAUUGCACGUGA